CACUUCUUUUGUAAAUUGUAAAUACUCAAACCUUUUUCCCCUAAAAAUUACUGAAGCUGCAAUUGUGUGUUCCGUUGAAGCUGAGUUCUCACCCAAAUUCUUCCAUUUUUCUUCCAAAUCAGUCAAAUUUGCUUUAGUUUAUGGACCCUCACGGAGUCGAUGCAGCGGCUAACGAUCAAUCGGACGGGAAUUCAUCCGAUUCAUCCGCGGAGGAGGAUAAAGCCAUACGCGAGGUGAUAGGGGAGGUCGCAUUGGUGAUGCAGCAGUACUUAGUAAAGUGGGCAGGAGCACACCUGGCUAAAGCCAAUGAAGAAGCCGAAGCCGAAGAGGAAGAGGAGGAGACGGAGGAAGAAACAGAAACCGAAGAGGAUGAGGAAGAAACCGAAACGGAAGAGGAUGAGGAAGAAGCCGAAGCCGAAGCCGAAGCCGAGGAGGAAGACGGCGGUAGAAAGAAAGGCAAAAAAGAGUACGAUGAUGAGGGCGGACUAAUUAUUUGCCGCUUAUCUGACCAGAGAAGAGUGACACUAACUAAAUUGGAAGGGGAGACUCUGGUAUCAAUUACGGAGCAUGACAAGCGAGAUGGCAAAGAGCUUCCAACGGCCCAAGGAAUAAGCUUGACGGCCGAUGAGUGGGCUUCCUUCAAGAAGAAUGUACCUGAUAUAGAGAAGACCAUCAAGAUGAUGGAGUCGAGAAACCGGGUGCGACCCGGCGCGUUGGAGGAAAAUCUCAACUUCGCCUCGUUCUCGGUCAAUGAAAGCCCUCCCAUGGGGACUAAAGCGGCAAGUCCAAGCAUUGAAAUCCCACCCUACUCUUCUGUAGAUAAGUACACGCUGACCAAUUGGGAUGCUUCACACACGCUCUCGACGUGAAGUAUUUGUCCACGAUGCUCGCUGACGAUACGUCUUCGGAUGUCCGAGGAAAAUCAAAAGCUGCAUGAAGAGAUGAUUGUUUUACUCCGGAACAAAUUAUUGAGGAAAUAAUUUAGGAUUUUACAUUUAAACUUUUAUGAAUUUUAAUUAACGUAAUUUUAUGAAUUUUAAUGGAGUAAUAUGUUAUUUUUAUGAA